AUGGCACUAUUAUUCACAGUGGUGUCACCAAAUCCACAGUCACCCGCAAUAUCAUCGCCCCACGUGUCUCUCUCCCGUCACUGCUUAUCGUCGAUUUACAUCCGUCGGAACAAAUCGCCGGAAAAGCUCUUCACUUCGCCGCCGCGAACUGUUUCAUCUCGGCGUGUGAAGGUUCUCUCGCAACUGCGAUUUCCACUAAUUCCUCCCGACGAUCACUGGUCUCAAUGGGCUGCUCUCUUCGCCGCCGGCGCUUUCGGUGUCUGGUCGGAGAAGACGAAGAUUGGGAGUAUGGUGAGUGGGGCUUUGACUAGUACGUUGCUUGGUCUCGCCGCGAGCAAUUUAGGGCUUAUUCCGUUUGAAACUCCGUCGUAUUCCUUCUUCAUGGAGUUUCUCUUGCCUCAUACGAUUCCAUUGUUGUUGUUUAGAGCUGAUCUCCGUCGUAUUAUCCGAUCUACUGGGUCACUGCUCCUUGCUUUCUUGAUUGGAUCUGUUGCGACGAUUGUAGGGACUGUGGUGGCUUUUAUGCUUGUACCGAUGAGAUCGCUUGGUCCGGAUAACUGGAAAAUAGCAGCUGCUCUUAUGGGGAGUUACAUUGGUGGAUCCCUUAAUUUUGUUGCGAUAUCGGAGGCUCUGCAGAUUUCUCCGUCUGUUAUAGCAGCAGGGAUGGCUGUGGACAAUGUCAUAUGCGCUUUUUACUUCAUGGUGUUGUUUGCAUUGGCCUCAAAGAUACCCCCUGAGACAACCUCAUCCUCUGUGCCUGAUACCGACAUGAGUAAGGAUGACAAACUCGAGGACAAGAACAGAGUGGUUUCAACUUCAAUUGCAUUAUCAGUUUCCUUCCUAAUAUGCAAAGCUGCGAUUUUGAUGACUGAGCUAUUUAAGAUCCAAGGAGGCAUGCUUCCUGCAGUAACAGCCAUCACCAUCAUUUUGGCAACUUCCUUCCCUGAUUUCUUCAACUCACUAGCACCUUCUGCUGAAACCAUCUCUCUCAUUCUCAUGCAGGUAUUUUUCACGAUUCUAGGAGCCACAGGGAGUGUAUGGAAUGUUAUCAACACUGCCCCAAGUAUCUUCCUCUUUGCUGCAAUUCAAGUAAUGGUUCAUCUCGCAGUAACUUUGGUUAUGGGAAAGCUAUUCUGUAUCGACAUGAAGCUACUGCUUCUUGGAUCAAACGCAAACAUUGGAGGACCAACCACUGCUUGUGCCAUGGCAACCGCGAAAGGAUGGACUUCUCUUGUCGUCCCCGGGAUUCUCUCCGGCGUUUUCGGAGUCUCCAUAGCAACUUUUCUUGGUAUUGGUUGUGGAGUUUUGGUCCUUAAACGACUAUAG